UAUUCAUUGUGAUUUGCACUCAGCAAAUAUACUUGUGCAUCAGAACAAAAUUAAGUUGGCGGAUUUUGGUCAAUCAAAAAAAAUUGUCGAAGCAUCAAGUAGUAGUACAUCAAGUGUAUAUGGUAUAGUACCUUAUGUAGAUCCGAAAAGUUUUGACGAUAAAAAUUACAGACUAAAUAAAAAAUCUGAUGUGUAUAGUAUUGGGAUUAUUAUGUGGCAAAUUUCAAGCGGACGACAACCAUUCCAUACUGAAGAAUAUGACGCGGGCUUAAUGUUUCAAAUAAAAGGAGGAAAAAGGGAAGAAAUCAUUGAAGGAACACCUACUGUUUAUAGUGAUUUAUGUGAACGUUGUUGGAAAUAUGAACCAGAUGAACGACCGGAUAUACAAAAUGUUGUUUCAAUACUUCAAGAUAUCGCUUUUAAAAGUGAAACUCAAACGCAAGUCGAUAACGUUGAAUUAGCUUAUGAAGAGAAUGUAUUAACAAUGAACAACCCUAGUGAAAAUUAUUUAACCUUAGAUAAUUAUCUAUAUAUAGAUGAUAUAGAUGAUGAAGUGCUAAAUAUGAUGAGUUUUAAAAACAUUACUGCUUCUAUAAGUAAUUCAUCAAGAGUUUCAUAUCAAGAAUCAACAAAUCUAUUGGAUUCUGUAACCGUUGAUAGAUUAAUUGAAAUUAUAAUAGAAAAACAUAAUGAAGGACAUGUUAUUGAUGAUAAAAUUCAACAAAUUAUUCACAAACAAAUAUUUCAAUUAAAUCAAAAUGCAGAAAAUUUCGUUGAUUGGCUUAUGGAUAAUCAAAACGAAGCAAAAUAUAUUUGGCUUUUAGGAUUAUUUUAUUAUUAUAAUAUUUUAAAUGUUGUUACAGAAGACGAUGAAUUUAAAGCAUUUAAAUUAUUUUUAAAAGCAUCAAAAAGUAACUUUCCAAUAGCUCAAGUUUAUCUCGCUAAUUGUUAUAUUGAAGGAUAUGGAACGAAGAAGAAUGAAUAUUUCGCGUUUGAAUGUUAUAAAAGAUCCGUGGAAAAUAAAGAAAAUAAAAAUUUUAUUGGUCAAUUUUAUUUAAAAUACUGUGUUGGAAUUAGAAAUAACGAGAAAUCAACUCAUUUGAAUAAAGAAUCAGCAAAAAAAGGGAGAACAAGAAAUAUUUUCGGGAAGAAAGAAGUUAAGGUCUUUAAGGCAUUAUUAACCAGAAAAUUUAAUCAACAUUGUACAUUUUAUGUUGGACAAAUAUUAAUAAGAAUAAGUUCUAGAAAAAGUGCAAUUUUUUACCUCGAAAAAGCUGCGAGAAGUGGAAAUAAAAUUGCACAACAUAAUGUAGGUUGUUGUUAUAGAGAUGGCAUAGGUGGCGCAGAAAAAGACGAAAAACGAGCCUUUGAAUUCUUUGAAAAAUCAGCCGGACAAGGUUAUAUAAAUGGAAUAUUUCGACUUGCUCAUUGUUAUAAUGAGGGAGUUGGAACUAAAGUUGAUAAAGCAAUAGCUUUUAUGUUAUAUAAAAUUGCUGCUAAAAAAGGAAGUAUUGAAGCACAAAAUAAUCUUGGACAUUUAUAUGAAAUAGGUGAAGGAACCAAAAAGUGUCUAAAAAAUGCAAUUCACUGGUAUGAAAAAGCAGCAGAUAAUGGAAAUGUGAUAGCGCAAUACAACUUAGGUAUAUGUUAUGAACAAGGAAGAGGUGUUGAAAAAGAUGAAGUUAAAGCUUUUGAAUAUUAUAAGAAAUCAGCUGAACAGAAAUAUAUAGAUGGAAAAUAUCAACUUGCUAAUUGCUAUUAUAGAGGAAUUGGUACUGAUAUUAGCGAAGAAAAGGCGUUUAAAUUGUAUAAAGACGCGGCCGAGGCAGGAUACACAUUAGCGCAAAUUAAACUUGGAGCAUUAUAUGAAUUAGGUUAUUGGACUGAAAAAGAUUGUAGAAUGGCUUUCUCUUGGUAUGAAAAAGCAAAAGAAAAUGAAAUAGCAUUGUAUAAUUUAGGAAGAUGUUACGAAUACAAAAUAGGUACUGAACAAGAUGAAUUUAAAGCUUUUGAGCAUUAUAAGAAAUCAGCUGAUCUAGGAAAUAUAAAUGGUAUGUUUCGACUUGGAAAUUGUUUUGAUAAAGGAAUUGGUACUGAUAUUAAUAAGGAAGAGGCAUUUAAAUUAUUCGUUAAUACUGCUGAAAAAGGAAAUCCUGGAGCUCAAAAUAAUCUUGGAUCUUUAUAUGAAAAAGGUGAAGGAACUAGUAAGAAUUUAGAUAAAGCUUUUUAUUGGUAUAAAAGAGCACAUGAAAAUGGAAAUAAAGAAGCAUCAUAUAAUUUGAACAGACUUCAACAUAAAGCAAUUGAAGACAGUUCAUAUGAUUUUCUUGAGAUUUGACCACAAAUUUAUCCUUAUAAACGAACAUUUUUAUUAGUUUAUGUAUUAAACGAAUGUAAUUUUUUUUAAAAAAAUCUUUUUAUCAAACUUUAUAUAUUAAAAUAUAGUAUUUAUAUUUUUAUUAAUAUUUAUUAAUGUAUUUCUUGUAAGAUAAAAUAUAAUAAAUUCUCAAUUUAAUAUUAUCAA